CACAUGUCACUUUUGUUUCAUCUCUCCAGUGUUAGGAGUGUUUGCACUUGUAAGUCGGCUUAAGGCGGUGUAACUACAAGAGUGGAUUUCCUUUUCCUUAGCUCUGUAGACUUUUUUUCUGCUUGCUUUCUCUCUCUCUGUGAGUGAAGUGAAGGUGAAAAUCCACUAGUACAGGUGCGCGCAUCUUCAUCCUGCCAAUUUUCGACUCAUUCCAGCAGCCAAUUCCACUCCUGCACAAGCAAACAAGUAGCAAACAAAGGAGAAAGUAAAGAAGUCCCUACCAUUCGUCACCUUACAGACUCUCAAGUUUUUUGCUGUGUCGGGGUGGUCCCCAGUUUUAGGGCAACUUUCACUCAAUCCAAUCCACUACUCCGCACAAUGAAAUGCACACACAGUGCGAGAGACAAAUAAGCCGGAUGGAUACGUAUGCCCAGCUAAUCCUUUGUGUAGAAGAAGAGAAAAGAAAAUAUAUAAAAGAAAGAGACCGAAAGUCGAAACUUUUGUGUGAAGAGAGACCCAUAUAAAUAUGUAUAUAGCCACGACGACGACGACCCACCCCACCAAAUAUUAUGCAUGCAUCUGGUGGAGCAUCCAUCCUCGCACCUCCGUCCAAAAAAUUUGAUACCACAGUGAAACAAGUGCCCUGAGGAAACUCAUUAAAAUUCCAAUCUGUCAACUUUACUUUUCAUCCCGAGUUGAAGGAAUAAUUGGGAAAAAGUCUUCUAAUCACCUCUCCUCGUAAAUUAUACAUGGCAUGAAAAGGAAAAGAAGAAGAAGAGGAGGAAUCAUUUUAAAAAACUUUUUACACUUCUUCUCUCUUUAACUGUACAUACAGACACCUUAUUUAUGCCUCGUCUCCGUGUUCCUUAGUUAUUCCAGUUUUUUGUGAAGAAAUACCCGGGUAUUGUGUCAUUGUGGAUGUGGGCCAAUGCGGUAGUGGUUGGGAGUUAGAUGCGGUAAAACUGCUUCGCCCCACAAGCAAAAGUAUAGAGAGGCAGCAUGCAGCAGAUUCAGCAUCACUUGUUCGCCUAGUACUAACUAAACUUCUCGAGCAGGUAGCACCACUACACAUAGUUUUUUCUCCUACUACCCGGGUUCGGGUAAUGAUCGUGGUGCUGGUAUUCUGCUCCAUUGUAAAACAGCAGAGUUGCGAACAUUCCACCCAAUCUUGAAUGUGCAUGGGGAACCUUUUCCCAUCUCGAGUAUGAGUUCCAGUCGCACUCCAGCCUCAGGAUUGUCCAGGAAGGACUCAGAAAGGAUUUAUCUGGAGAUUUUGCGACUGGAGAAGGAACGUGCAGUGAUCAAGGCGAAACAAGCAGAAGAAGCAGCCGCAAAGCGAGCCCAAUUUGAGAAUGACGUCGGGAGAAAGUUUUUCAACAAAGUGAUGGCCAAGAGAAAAGCUCGUCUCGCAGCGGAACAGGGGGAAGCGGACGCGGAGUCUGGAGCAGAUAAGCCACUCCUCUUCUCCUCCCUGAUAAAUAGUAUGACCUCGCAGAACAAUAAUGAGAAGAGCAGCAGUGGUGGUGGUGGUGGUUCCGUGCUGCCGGGUGGGUGUAACCAGAGCAGCAGCUCUCCCAAUUCGAGUGCUAAUAAUUACGAGUCCUCCGGAGGGAACCGAAGAAACCUCGAGAUCUCCUUACAAAUUGAACCAGACCACAUUUCCGCACCCAUUCCUCGCAUUACCGACAGGUAUUCGAUGCAAGCAAUUCCUCCAGAACCCGUGAAAACGCCAACGAUAGUGUGUCCAAAAGGCUUUAAAGGAUUUAAAUUUGUGAACAAUUUUACGCUUCAAUUUACACCGGCAGAAUGCUGCGGGGGUCCCAGGAACGUAAACAUUUAUGCGAAAGAUCAAGACGAAAAGUGUUUAUGUUUUGGUCGCAUCGAUUCAGAAACUGAAGUCUUCCUCCAAAAACAAAGUGACGACAAGGCCAUGGAAGAACUCCUCGGGUUGAAAUACGAUUCGGCGACGAAAGAGUGGACAAUAUCAUUCCCAGAACUGGAAACCGUGGCAUACAUGGUACGCCCGAAACCCGCAUCGAGAGUGUCUGCUGCUCAAGUGUAUGAAAUAUUUUCGGCCGAAGGGUCAUCAAACUAUUUCAAUUUGGGGGUCGAAAUGGAAAAAUCGGGAAAUUCGAGGAGGCCAGACUUCGUUUUUAGAAUCCUAAAUUCAAACCUCGCCACGGUUGGAACGGUCAUUUUAUUAUCGAAUUUCAAGGUUGCAGAUGUCACGAUUGACGGGUCACUUUGGCCCUCUCAAAAGGCUGUGAUACUCGCCGUUGCUCUGUACAUGUCGUGGGACGUGGUGCAGGACAUUCGACGGAAGGCAGCAUGGGUUCGAGUCCUCAUAGCGGCCGGAAUUAUACUUACGAUUCUCACGGGAAUUCUUUUAGUGAAUAUUUAUUUACUCCGGAGAGAAGAUUGACCUUCAACGAAGCCUAAGCCGAGAUCUUUUUAUUAGGCCAAAGAAGAGGAAAAAACGUUGUUAAUUGUGGACAAAUUCUUAGCUGUACAAUGGAAUAUAAUCCAAUCUAAAUAUAAACAUUUAGUGAUGACGGACAGAUUUUUAUUAUUGCAAAUCCCUGUUUCUUGUAAAUAUUUUAAAAAAAAACACAGGAGACGUGUGUACAAGUCGAAAACUUCCAUUAUUUCUUAUAAAUGAUUUUUAUCCAAAUUUUUUCUACCAACUUGUUAUUUAUCAAUACCAAAAAAAAUACUUCUCUUUCCAAUCUAUUAACUUGUAGAGGAGAGAAUUAGCAAACCAUACAAGAGAUUUUUUAAUGUAAGGAAAAUAAAAAUUGAACUAUUAAUUAGUGUUAAAAGUAAAUACGUACUAAAAAAAGGGAAAUAAGUAGCACAAUUCAUUACCUGAAGAAAAAGAAAAUAAGAAAUUAAUCGAUAUUCAAUUCAUCAAGGAACAAGUGUGUUCUUCUUCCUCAUUGUUUAGUCGUUAUUUAGAGGAGAGAAUUAUUAAUCGAUUAUAUGAAUAAUCAAUGAUUCUGUGUACAUACAUAUGUAACUUAUUACCUCUGAAAUAUCUAAAAUGUACAUAAAUACAUAAACUUAGGAGACAAUUAUUGUGGCCGUGGUGGUGUAGAUGUUAUAAAUAUGUAGCCUUGUCCUGAGGCCUUUUCCUGUCAUACCCGUACGUACAUAAAUUGUGGUAGUUAAAACAAUUACCAAUUUUCUUCUUCAGAUAUGACGCCCUUUAAUUUUUAUAGCUUCUUGAAGAAAUUUAUACUCUCCUAAAUUCAACGAAAACCUCUUUCUUCGUGGCCAACUCUAAUAAACCACGUGGUCUCUGACGAUGACCUGUUUCCUUUACAAGACGUACUAAAAACUGCAUGUUUUUAACCAAACCAAACCACACAGACAUAGGAAUAUAUGAUAAUAAAAAAUAAACAAUAUUAUGUCAAUUGGUAGGAUCUAAUUAUUCGUGAAUGUAGGAUUAGGACGGUAUUAAAUCGUAGCCUUUGGGGUGAGGCCUAUAAAUAAUCUUCACAACUUGAGGAGAGGAAGUUGAGGUGAUAUGCAAUAACCUGGUGUUAAAUACAUAUUUACAUAGAUUCGUAAAAUUUAAGGAUACAUUUCUUCUCAGAUUUUUGAAAAAAAUGUUAUAAAUUUUUAAAACUAAAGUUGUCUUCUUCAUGUAAACUUUUCUUGUAGGUGUUUCGACCGAUCGUGAUUGUUUUACUGUGUUCCAUGUCAAAGUUCAAUCCAUGAUAUGUCGAUUGGUAGGUCAAAUCUCACCCAUAAUGACAAUUUUGAUAUAGGUAUGUAAGUUUUCAUGUUUUUAUGUAUCCUGAUUUUUACCCUGUUUCGUAAAAAAGAAGGUUUUUACAUAGUUGAAGGUGACAUUUUUGUACUAGUUUUUGUGUGGACACAAGUUUUGUGCUCAAAUCAACAAGUCAAGUCAAAUAAACAAUACAGGUAAAAAAACUGCAUGAAUUAGUAGAAAUAAAUCGUAAUGAUCGAUAACUUGAUAUCGACGACUAAAAAUAACCAUGAAUUUAUUUAGAUGACGGUAAAAAGUACCUUAUCAAUCCGAAUCUUAUGACUUAGCUAGAUGAUAACUUUACAAAAGACAAUUUUUGACUUAUCGUGUACUUCAAGUCUUGAUAUUGAUGAGCACCUUUUACUCCAUACCCUUUACCUUCGACCUUAUCACGUUGUACGUAGAAAUUUAGCACAAGUUAAGAUUCAUCAUCACUAUUCCAACCAAGCCACUCACUGUCUGUAAUAGUAAAUCCGUACCCUACCUACUAGUCUGUAGACAUCUUCUAAAUACGUAGCUAAAUGUAAACCACCACCUCCUAAAUACAAACAGUAAACUAAAAUGUACAUGUAUCUAAAACCAAAAUAUAUGUGUAAGAUAUCAAAAAUGUCAAAAAAAUGUCACACAAUUACGUAAAAAAUCUGGUCCUACAACAACAACCGAAAGUCAAUCAACAUUAACAUCUCUUAAAUACAAAUCUUAAAAAAAUUCCUGUACUACAUACAUAGUGUUCCUCUCAAAUAUUUACUGUUAAAAGUUGUACUUAAGCCGUAUAAUAUUCUUUUCUCUCUAUUGUUUUCUACUCCUCUUGAUAGAAAAAGAAUCAUCCUCGUGUAUGUAUUAAUAAAUGAGUAUUACGUA